CUUCCUCCCCAUCAUUCCUCGGGCAGCAGAUCAUUUUGGAUCAGACACUCUCGCCAUCAUGGCGCAUGGCACGAUCAAGCAAGAAGAUGGGACCAAGCGAAAGGCGUCCGAGGAAGUGAACGGCGACGUCAACGGCCACCACCCCAAACGGCAAAAGACUGUGUCCCCUCCAGCAGAUGACGCGGCCAGCACCAACGGCACCGCCUCCGACUCCGACGACCAUCACUCCCCCACCAAACCCACCAUCACCUUUCCCGAGAAGCCUGCGGUCCUCGAAGAGCGCAACGGCGACAUCUCCUUCUACGUCGUCAACAAUGACGGCAAACCGCACUCCCACAUCAUCCUCACCGGCCUGAAAUGCAUCUUUCAGAAACAGCUGCCUAAGAUGCCGAAAGACUACAUUGCGCGCUUGGUGUACGAUCGGACACACAUGAGCAUUGCGAUUGUGAAACGGCCGCCGGCGGGGAGCUAUGCCGAGACGUCCAAUAUGCCCGGCGAAGUGGUGGGAGGCAUCACCUAUCGCCCCUUCAAAGGGAGACAAUUCGCCGAGAUUGUCUUCUGCGCCAUCAGUAGCGAUCAGCAAGUCAAGGGUUAUGGAGCGCAUCUGAUGAACCACCUGAAAGACUACGUCAAGGCGACAAGUGAUGUGAUGUAUUUCCUCACAUAUGCCGACAAUUACGCCAUUGGAUACUUCAAAAAGCAAGGCUUCACCAAGGAAAUCACCCUCGACAAACCCAAGUGGAUGGGAUACAUCAAGGACUACGAAGGCGGAACGAUCAUGCAAUGCUCCAUGCUGCCCAAGAUCCGCUAUCUGGAAAGCGGCAGAUUGCUGCUCAAGCAAAAGGCCGCUGUGCACGCCAAGAUUCGUGCCGUGAGCAAGAGUUACGAAAUCCACCAACCUCCAGCAGUGUGGCGCAAGGCCAAAGCCGGGGAUAAGCUGGCCGAAAUCAACCCUCUGUCCAUUGAGGCGAUCAAAGCAACGGGAUGGUCGGAAAGCAUGGACGAAUUGGCCCGCCAGCCGCGUCGCAACCCCUCACACUCCUCUCUCCUCAGCCUUCUCAGCGCCCUGCAGUCCUCAUCCGCAAGCUGGCCCUUCUUACAGCCCGUCAACGGCGAUGAGGUGCAAGACUAUUACGACGUCAUCAAGGAGCCCAUGGACUUGGGCACGAUGGAGUCGAAGCUGGACAAGGACCAGUACGAGACGGUCGACGAUUUUGUUAAGGAUGUGCUGCUCCUCGUGCGCAACUGCAAGCGGUACAACGCGGAGACGACGCCGUAUGCCAAAGCGGCCAACAAGCUGGAGAAGGAGCUGUGGAAGAAAAUUCGUGAUGUGCCGGAAUGGAGUUACCUCGAGCCCGAGAAUUUCGACAGUACCAAUGUCCGACCUGAGAAUUAGAAGCGAUAGGGUUUGGAUAUAGACUCGUUAUGACAAUUCUGUGUGAAUGAGCCGUCUGAGCCCAUUCUGAUAUCUUCGUGACGCUGAGUGAAGCCGCGCCACAAGCGGGCGUGGCUGCUGCAUUGAUGACGCUCGAGCUCGGGAGCGGGCUGGACCUUACCACUUCAUUCUGUAGAGCACGACUCAACAA